AACGUCCUUCGCUAAUUUCCUUGUUGAUCAUGACGGCCGCAGUCAUGGCAUCUCCAUCGCCUGCGCGCGCCUUCGACUUCGACUACCGCUCGCCUGCGCGGGUGGAGGGUUCACCACUACCAUGUCGGCCUGGUUGCACUGACAAGCUGGAAGAGGUGUGCGCCGCAGCGCAGUCCAACGUGAGAGAGUGGCGAAAGGAGAGAAGUCAGAUCAUGAAUUCAUUGGCCCAGCGAGGGCUGCAGGAUAUCCUUAAAGAAGAAGACGUAGUCUGUGACUUGCAGGCAGACCUGGCUGCAGUGGAGGAGCUGACCGAGGCUGCUCGCUGCUUCCACAAAGAAGGAGCCAAAUUGGGAGAGGCAAUGCUGCAGUGCAUGAAAGCUUCAGGCGAGCGCGCUGAGGUGGUGGCACAAGCUAAGGACAUUCUGCGCAGUGCAAAUGAGGACUACCAAAAGGAGCUGGAAGCAGAAGAGCGACGGCUAGCAGAGACGAAGGAGGCCUCCAAAGAGCAGCAGCAGAGCAUUGAUGAGUUCUUGCAGCGGUACAGCCGAUCGUUGGGGCUGAAGAUCUCUCGCGUCAGCGCGCAGACCAUCCUGUUGAGCUUUACUCGCAUCAACAAGGCAGAGCCCAAGAAGGAGUUCUCCGUAGUGCUGGGCUUGUCCAAAGAGGGCUAUGUGGCUUCCAAGUGCAACCCGGAGGUUCCAGAGCUGCCCAGGCUGUUGGAUCGCCUUAACGAGGAUUCCACGGCUACCGCUGUGCCACAGUUCAUUUGUGGUCUCCGCAGAGCUUUCUCAACCCAAGCCUGAUUUGCAACCGGCCAUGACUUGCGAGUGAGGGCUCUGCAGAAGUCGCCUCCAGCGCAAGUGGAAAGGCGUCGCUCAGCGGCUCGUGAUAGCCAUUUGCGCCGACUCGAUCAAUGUUUGUUGUUUUUUGUGAAUUCGAGGUAUCACACAUCGUGGCGUUUCGCACAUCUGCAUCAAAAAUAUGUCUGCAG